AUGACCUCGACACAUACCUUGGUUGAUGGCGACAAGCCCAACCAGAUAUCAACAUCAUCUGGGUUCCUGGACCCCAAGAGCGAACAGAGUGACUUCGAGCAAGCUUCAACACGUGCUCCGUCGACAGCCCCGGACGUCGACUACGAGGAGAAGAAGGAGGGUCCCGGCAAUGUUACCGAUGAGGAGACAGGAGAGGCAAGGCCGGCAGGGCCCGAACCGACCGAAGCCAGCCCUGGCGAGUAUCCGACGGGAGCAAGGCUGCUGUUCAUUGUCAUCGCCCUGGUCCUAAGCAUCUUCUUGGUCUCACUUGACAUGACAAUCGUUGCAACAGCUAUACCGAAGAUCACGGACGAAUUUCAUGGCCUUGACGACGUCUCGUGGUAUAGCUCGGCCUUCUUCAUGACUCUCGGCGGCUUCCAGUCUGCGUGGGGCAAGGCCUACAAAUACUUUCCUCUCAAGAUCACCUUCCUGCUGUCCAUCUUCAUCUUUGAACUGGGCUCCCUGAUCUGCGGAGUCGCGCCCACAAGCGAAGCCCUCAUCGUCGGCCGGGCCAUUGCCGGCGUUGGGGCCGCGGGCAUCGCCACCGGCGCCUACACGAUCAUCGCCUUCUCGGCCGAGCCCAAGAAGCGGCCCAUGUUCACCGGCAUCAUCGGCGCGAGCUACGGGAUCGCGUCCGUCAUCGGGCCCCUGAUCGGUGGUGCCUUUGCGGACAAGGUCAGCUGGAGAUGGUGUUUUUAUAUCAAUCUUCCCAUCGGUGGCCUUUCUGGACUGAUCAUCUUAUUCUUCUUCACGACCCCGAGCGCGGCGAAACCCGUUGCUGCGCCCCUCCGCGAGAAGCUCUUGCAGAUGGAUAUUGUCGGCGUGGUCCUCAUCAUGGGCGCCGUCAUCAGCUACAUCCUCGCCCUGCAAUAUGGUGGCACUACGUAUGCAUGGAGCUCAUCCAUCGUGGUGGGCCUCCUUGUUGGAUUUGUGGCCAUCGUGGCCGUCUUCGCCGCAUGGGAGUGGUUCCAGAACGACCGGGCAAUGAUGCCACGCCGCCUCAUCAGCAACAGGGCGUACAUCGUGUCAUCUCUGUUCGCCUUCUUCUUCGCAGGUGCCUACUUCUUGAUCAUCUACUACCUGCCCAUCUACUUCCAGAGCAUCGACAAUGUCAGCCCCACUGACAGCGGCGUCCGUAAUCUGCCCCUGAUCCUGGCUGUCACGGUGUCGACCGUCGUCAGUGGUUCCUUCAUCUCCGCGACGGGCAUCGCCACUCCUGUCGCGGUCUUUGGCUCUGCUCUGGCGACAAUUGCAGCGGGAUUGAUCUACACCUUCGACAUCGGAACUCCGUCUGGGAAGUGGAUUGGAUACCAGAUCCUAGGAGGUAUCGGCUGGGGGCUUGCCUUCCAGGUUCCCAUCAUCACCGGGCAAGCUUCUGCCCCACCAGAAGAUCUGGCGGAAGUAACAGCAAUUAUUCUGUUCUUUCAGACCGUCGGCGGCGCAUUCCUGGUCUCCGCCUCGCAAUCCGCCUUCGUCAACGUGCUGAUCAAGACGAUACCCUACUCGGCACCUGGCGUGGACCCCUUGAGACUUGUUGCAACUGGCGCGACUGAGCUACGAAACGCAUUCACCCCAGAGGAGCUGCCUGGUAUAUUGGUGGCAUACAUGCAUGGGUUGAACAUCUCCUUUGCGGUCGCACUUGCGUCUACGGCGAUGGCUCUGGUGGUUGUGCUGUUCUCGAAGUGGAAGCGGUUGAACACCGCGGCCAUCACCGGUGGUGCUGCUGCGUGA